AGCAGUUUCAAAGUGGUAGGAACAGCAGUAAUCUCAGUGUGAAAGAAAAUUCUCCACAACAGGAAAAUUGAAGAGAACUUCUGAAUUCAGCUUACCUUGAAUUACACUACAUACUAUGGGUUUCUAAUGUGUGUGUUACUCUUAUUGCAGUUCCAAGAAACUAUGACCCUGCAUUGCACCCUUUUGAGGUUCCACGAGAGUACGUAAGAGCUCUGAAUGCAACAAAGCUAGAACGUGUGUUUGCAAAACCCUUUAUUGGCUCACUUGAUGGCCACAGAGAUGGAGUUAACUGCAUGGCCAAACAUCCAAAGAGUUUGUCUACAGUGCUGUCUGGAGCUUGUGAUGGAGAGGUUAAAAUUUGGAAUCUGACCAAGCGACAGUGUAUUCGUACUAUACAAGCCCAUGAAGGCUUUGUUCGAGGCAUAUGUGCUCGUUUCUGUGGUACAUCAUUCUUUACUGUUGGUGAUGACAAAACAGUGAAGCAGUGGAAAAUGGAGAGCCCAGAAUAUGGAGAAGAGGAGCCAAUUCAUACAAUUCUUGGAAAGACAGUUUAUACAGGAAUUGAUCACCACUGGAAGGAAGCCGUUUUUGCUACCUGUGGCCAGCAAGUGGACAUUUGGGAUGAACAAAGGACAAGUCCCAUGUGCUCUCUGACAUGGGGUUUUGAUAGCAUAAGCAGUGUAAAAUUCAAUCCCAUUGAGACAUACCUUUUGGGAAGCUGUGCUUCUGACAGAAAUAUUGUGCUAUAUGAUAUGAGAAAAUCAACUCCAUUAAAGAAGGUUAUCUUGAACAUGAGGACGAAUACACUGUGUUGGAACCCUAUGGAAGCUUUCAUUUUUACUGCAGCAAAUGAAGAUUACAACUUAUAUACUUUCGAUAUGCGCUUUCUUGAAUCACCUGUUAUGGUGCAUAUGGAUCAUGUGUCUGCUGUUCUUGAUGUGGAUUAUUCACCCACUGGGAAGGAGUUUGUCUCUGCCAGCUUUGAUAAGUCUAUCCGCAUUUUUCCUGUAGACAAAGGUCACAGCAGGGAGGUGUAUCAUACAAAACGAAUGCAGCACGUCAUCACAGUAAAAUGGACUUCAGAUAACAAAUACAUUCUUUGUGGCUCAGAUGAGAUGAAUAUUCGCCUGUGGAAAGCUAAUGCUUCGGAAAAACUGGGAGUGCUUGCACCACGAGAGAAAGCAGCUAUGAAUUACAAUCAGAAGCUGAAAGAGAAGUUCCAGUAUCACCCAAAGAUCAGGCGCAUAGCUCAACACCGUCACUUGCCUAAAAGUAUAUUUUGCCAAAUCAAGGAGCAGCGUAUUAUGAGAGAAGCUCGUCGGCGAAAGGAACUGAAUCGUCGUAAGCACAGCAAACCAGGAUCUGUGCCACUUGUGUCAGAGAGGAAGAAACAUAUUGUGGCAGUAGUGAAAUAAUUGUUUUCACAUGUACAAAAUCUCACAGUGAAAGACAAUGUCACUGUUGAAUGAAUCCGUUAUAGAAAAUUUGGUGGACAUUGGUAAGACACCGUAUAACUUCAGAAAUGUGGCUUUUCUUCCAAGUAUACACAUGCCCUGAUUCCUCAAGUCAUCAUCUGCCUUGGGUCGUCAUAAGAAUUGGCCAUGUAAUCUUUUAUUGCCAUUGGACUGUCUGCUACUGGUCCAAGACUGUAUUGCAGGGGAGUUUGACUAUUUUGAUACAAGCAGAUAACAUGGUAGUUGUUGGAGGAUAUCUGUAGUUCCAAUCCUGUUCCUCUGUACCGUUAUUAGAAAAGAAGAAUGAAAUAGAUUCAGAUUUGUCAGAGGCAA